CAAAUUCAUAAAAAUAAUAUCAGCUGAAUGAAUUUCCCUUGGUGCUACCGCACACUGUGGCUGGCCUGCGUGCUCCUGCAGGCGAAUGGGCAGCAGGCGGCUGGCAAGACGUCGUCGCCAUGUGGCGCCCUGGAGCUGUGCGUCACGGAGCAGCGCUGCAACGAGUCGGACGAUUCGGGCCACGGCAUAAUCGGGCCACGCAUGGCGCGCACCUGUGGCGAGGGGCUCGUCUGCUGUGACCAGGAGCAGCUCGAGAGCUGGGAUGCCAUGCAGGUGACGGCAAAGGCAGCAGCAACAGCAACGGCAACAGCAGCAACAACAACACGGGGAGCCAGCAGAACGAUGACGGAGGAGGAGAGCAUGUACGAGUCCUGCGGCGUGAAUAUGGAGUGUGUGCCACGCAAGCUGUGCCGCGACAACAAAAUCAUCGACGAUGGUCGCUUCAUACUGAAUCCGCGCAUCGGCGCCACCACCUGUCCCCGAGCCCUGGAGCGCUGCUGCGCGGUGGAUCAACAGGUGGAGGCCAGAGACAGUCCCUAUGUUACGAAGCUGCGCGAAUUCAAGUACCAGGGCUGCGGCUGGAGCAACCCGAAGGGCCUCAUACCGGACGAGGAUAACUACGAGUAUCAGGAGGAUGUGGCGCUCUUCGCCGAGUUCCCCUGGAUGGUGGCACUGAUGACCGGUCGCCAGCAGUACCUCUGUGGCGGCACUCUGAUCCAUCCCCAGUUGGUGCUCACCAGCAGCCACAACGUCAGGAACCAGACGGUGUACACGCUGCUGGCCCGCUUCGGGGAAUGGGAUCUGACCAGCUUCGAUGAGCCGCACGAGCAUCAGACGCGUCGCAUCAAGCAGAUUGUCAUGCACGAGCAGUUCGAUCCCAAAGGCUUCUUCAAUGACAUUGCCCUGCUGGUGCUGGAGCAGCCCGUUGAGAUUCAGCCGCACGUUCAGCCGAUCUGCCUGCCGCCGCCCGAGACGGACAAGCUGAAGGCGGAGCUGCGCGAGGCUGCCUGCUAUGCCACCGGCUGGGGCGGCCGUCAGCCGGACAGCAAGAGCAACGAGCGGCUGCUGAAGCGCAUCGAGCUGCCCGUGGUCGGCCACAUGGAGUGCCAGGGACUGCUGCGCGUUACGCCGCUGGGAAAACGCUUUCGCCUGCGGAAUAGUUUCCUCUGCGCUGGCGGCAUCAAGGGCAAGGACACGUGCAAAGGCGACGGCGGCUCGCCGCUGUUCUGCACGAUGCCUGGACAGGAGCAUCGCUAUCGAUUGGCCGGCAUCGUGUCGUGGGGCAUCGACUGCGCCAGCGAAGAUGUGCCAGCG